UUGGUUUAAAGUUAUUAUUUAUUUGGUGAUAUAAGUAUUCUUGGUGUAAAGAAAUGAGUUCAUUGAAGUUGGUUACUUUAGUUCUAUCUUUAUAUGUUUAUGUUUAUCCAUCAUUAGCUGCUUCAUUUACUCCUGUUGAUAGUUACUUAAUUGCUUGUGGUUCAUCCCAAAAUGUCACAUAUCUUGGCCAAACCUAUGUCCCUGAUUCACACCAAUCAUCAAUGAUUUCCUUAGAUAAUCAAAAGAAAUCGAAUACAGUCAAUUCCACUUCCUCUGUACCUUUGCCAGUCCACCAAUCGGCCCGAGUGUUCACCACCACAACUUCUUAUAAAUUCGACAUUAAGAAACAAGGUCGGCAUUGGGUCCGCCUUUACUUUUACCCAAUUCCUGACCACAAUCUCACGUCAGCUUCGUUAUCUGUAGUCACCGAAAACUUUGUCCUCUUGAACAACUACAGUUUCAAAAGCUAUAAUGGGUCGAGUCAUCUUUUUAGAGAAUACUCGAUAAAUGUGACUUCCGAUUCGUUGCUUUUAAACUUUGUCCCUUCAAACAAUUCAAUUGCAUUCAUAAAUGCUAUAGAAGUUGUGUCAAUCCCUGAUGAGUUGAUCCCAAAUGAAGUAACAUCGGUGUUUCCUUCUACCCCAAUUAACGAUAUUUCAAAUCAUGCAUUUGAAACUGUGUACCGUCUGAAUAUGGGAGGCCCGAAACUGACUCCUCAAAAUGAUACAUUGGGAAGAAUUUGGGAAAAUGAUAAGAAGUAUCUUCAUGUUAACGGGUCAGCUACAAGUGUCUCGAUAAACCCUUCAAUGAUAAAGUAUACUGAAAGAGUCACACCUGAAAUAGCUCCGAAUUGGGUUUAUGCCACUGCUCAAACAAUGGGAGAUGCUAAUGUUGCCGAUUUGGACUUUAAUAUCACCUGGGUUCUUCCUGUUGACCCAGAUUUCACUUACUUCAUCCGUGCCCAUUUUUGUGAUAUCAUGAGCCCAUCUUUAAAUACGCUUGUGUUCAAUUUUUACAUAAAUGCAGAAAAUGCAUAUUUGGAUUUGGAUUUAUCAAGUUUAACUGGUAACCUUGAUGUGCCUUUUUACAAAGAUUUUGUCUGUAAUUCAAGUAAUGAUCAGAGUACCUUGACUGUUAGUGUUGGCCCGGAUAAGGUUGCAGAAGAUGCAAAUGCGGUUUUGAAUGGUCUUGAAAUCCUAAAAGUUAGCAACGAAGCUAGAAGCUUAGAUGGGUUUGUUUCAGUUGAUAAUCUUGUGGUAUCCGGGUUUAAAAAGAACAAGCAGAGUGGUGUGAUUAUAGCAGCUGUUAUAGGCGGUUUCGUUGUGAUACUACUUUUGGGUUUAUGUUAUUGUUGCCUGGUCGCAAAAAGGUCCAAAACAGGUCAACGAAAACCUUCAUGGCUCCCGUUGCCAUUGUAUGGGAACUCACUCACUGUUACGAAAAUGUCAACCGCUUCACCUAAAAGUGGAACCGCAAGCUGCAUCUCGUUAGCUUCGUGUAAUCUUGGAAGAAACUUUACAUUUCAAGAAAUCAUGGAUGCAACCAACAAGUUUGAUGAAAAUUUGCUUCUUGGAGUUGGGGGUUUUGGGCGGGUGUACAAAGGGACAAUGGAAGACGGGACCAGUGUAGCAGUUAAAAGAGGAAACCCAAGAUCCGAACAAGGGCUCGCGGAAUUCCGAACUGAGAUUGAAAUGUUAUCGAAACUUCGACAUCGACAUCUCGUUUCCCUUAUCGGGUAUUGUGAUGAAAGGUCAGAAAUGAUUCUUGUUUAUGAGUACAUGGCCAAUGGCCCGUUAAGGAGUCAUCUUUACGGGACUGAUCUACCACCAUUAUCGUGGAAGCAGCGACUUGAGAUUUGUAUCGGGGCCGCAAGAGGUCUACAUUAUCUUCACACGGGUGCAGCCCAAAGUAUAAUUCAUCGAGACGUCAAGACGACUAAUAUCUUAUUAGAUGAAAACUUUGUAGCCAAAGUUGCUGAUUUUGGGCUGUCAAAAGCAGGACCUUCACUUGACCAGACCCAUGUCAGCACCGCCGUGAAGGGUAGUUUUGGGUAUCUUGAUCCCGAGUAUUUCAGAAGGCAACAAUUAACUGAAAAAUCUGAUGUGUAUUCCUUUGGGGUUGUGUUAAUGGAAGUUAUCUGCACAAGACCGGCUUUGAAUCCGGUUCUUCCUAGAGAUCAAGUCAACAUUGCUGAGUGGGCAAUGAUGUGGCAAAAGAAAGGCAUGUUGGAUCAGAUUAUGGAUGGAAAUCUUGUUGGAAAAGUAAACUCAGCUUCUCUAAAAAAGUUUGGGGAGACUGCAGAGAAAUGUUUGGCCGACUAUGGUGUUGACCGUCCUUCAAUGGGAGAUGUUUUAUGGAAUUUGGAAUAUGCUCUGCAGCUUGAAGAAACAUCAUCGGCUCUCAUGGAACCCGAUGAAAAUAGCACAAAUCACAUUCAGGUUAUUCCUUUAACACCAACUGAGCCAUUUGAGAACAGUACUAGUAUGGUUGAUGGAGCCAAUUCGUACACAGAUGAAGAUGCCACAAGUGCAGUUUUUUCUCAGCUUGUUAAUCCACGGGGAAGAUAAGCCAAAUGUUUGUGUCCAAGUUUUCUUUGUUAUCUAUGUUAUAUGUACGUUCACAUUUGUAUCAAUCGUUUUAGUGAUAAAUAUACAUAUAUAGGAUUAUGGGUUCACUAUCAA